GGGAAAACCUCGGUCCGGACAAAAGUGGUCCACUUGGUUCCGCCCAGCAACUGAUGCAAUUCCUGAUUCCCCCUCAAGAAUGACCAGUCGUCGUCUGUUUGUCAGUGGGAUCGCCAAUAAUGUCAAGGAAGAUGCCAUUCGCAUGUAUUUCUCAAGAUUUGGUUACAUUUCGGAACUUGUGGUUCCGAAGGAAAAGGAAACGGGUAUGAAUAGAGGUUUUGCCUAUAUCACUUAUUCGGAUCAACAUUCCACUUCCAAAUGCCUAGAUGAAAGCACGCAUAAGCUCAAGGGACGAGAAAUCACGGUCACCAGCCUAGAGGAUGAGGGUACUAUAACGAGAAUGCCGGCGCUGAAAUCGAAAAAGCUUUUUGUCAGUUUCCUUGGAAUCGAUGGAAUGACCGAAGAUGCGCUCAGGAAAGCUUUCUGUUCUUUUGGUGCUAUCUCCUCCGUAACCUUUGCUCGGGACGAUGACGAAAACCUGCUGUACUACGCAUUUAUCACUUUCGAGACAGAGGAGGCCGUUGAUUUGUGUAUGCAAUGCAACCACUGUAUCAAUGGGAGGUCAGUGACUGUCCGAAAAGCUGUGCGGAAAGAACAGGUCAAAUUGGCAGAGCAGUCUGAGCGUGAACGUGCGCACCGGGAAGAACACCAGAAGCAUGGCUACGCUGGAUACAAUAAAGUUUAUGUAACGGUGCCAGUUCCUACCGUAACGGUGCCAGUUCCCACCAUGCCUAGUGCACCUAGCACGAAUGGAGUCUCCUCUGCUGCUUACGCUCCUUAUCUUGCAUCUCAGAGUGGUGCAAACGAUGCAGCUCAGCAGCAGUAUCUGCGAGAGUACGAACUUUACCAGCAACAAAUGGUGGAAUAUCAGAAACAGCUGGCGGAAUACCAUGCUAAGUUGAACAAGUAUCAAAGUGAUGUUCAGCAAUAUCAAAUGCAAAAGCAGUAUAAAACAGCCUUGGACCAAGCAGCGUUUCAGAAAGCUUACAAUUACUCGGAAAAUCGAGAUCCUUCCGCUGAGGCCUCUAGUUCGAAUAGUGCAGAAGUUACGGAGCGAAUGCAAAAUUAUGGGUACUAUGGUCCACCAAAUCGCUGA